AUGAUGGACGAUUUGGAUAAUGAUCAGGUGAAUGUACUGGCUGGUAGUCAGGCGGUAUUUGAUCUGUUCACCGGGUUUUCGCAACUGACUUACAAACGUUUCAUCACCAUGCGAAGGGACAUUAUCAGUUCCGUCAACAACGCAAUUAACUUCUUGGAUAGCCUGAAGGGGAUACAAACCGAGAAGUUUGACCCUCCAGCCAGUCAACGUGUUACCGCAGUUGUUGGUCACACGGCAAAUUCUCAGAAGUAUGAGGUUAGGCUUCAGGUCACAUUUGCUGUCUUUGUUGAAAAGCUCAGUCUAACCACCCAGGUCGCUUUGUGGGACUUACGAGUCCGCGCAAACGACACUUCCGAAGGGAAUGGCCACCUGCUCAACGCCAAUAACAAGCAGAGACUGUCGAUCGAUGAGUCACCGAUGACUCAUCAGCUAUUUUUUGCUUUAUCACUGCUCGGAAACCAUUUGGACCCACAAGAACUGACUAGCCAGGCAUUGCUCAUUGUAGACCAUCCCUUGAACAACAUGUGA